AUGUCGGGCCUCCCGCGCUGGAAAGUGGUUGGUGGAGGCGACAAGGGUGGGAUUCUUGUGCGCGAAAAGAAAGAGACGAGCUCUUCACAGCUAGACGCCAGACUGGGCACCAAUGCCAUCAUCGAGGAGCUGCAGCUUUCGGGCGAGCGGCUGCACUUCCGUAAGAUCGAAGGCGAUGGCCCAGAUACCGGCUGGGUCAGUACAAGGCUGAAAGGCAAGGAUCUCUUGCUUCCCUUGGAUGAGCACAGUGGAGCCAGGAGGCCCGUGGUUGCUUGGAAGGACUUGGCUGGUCAAGCACUGGGCCCGUGGCUCGCGCACGAGGAUAAGGUCACGACGGUUCACUUCGAUUCCGUUGGAUCCUGUCCUCGCCUAGUGAGUGCCUGCUGGUCCACCGCCUCGGUCCGGGCAUGGGAGCUGUCUGCACGCCCGCGGCAGCUGUGGGAGAUGACGACUUCAGGGCUCGUGAGCGACGUUCUAUUCACUUCGGCGAGUUGUUUGUUGACAGCUGUCUCUGCCAAUCCGAUGCCAUCCGGGAGCGUUUGUCACCAAGCCGAUUUCAAGCAACGCAUGGCCGAGCUGGACGACCAGCUCGGCGACGGUGACCAGCUGGUUUGUUGGUCAACCAACCCGCCAGCGCCAAUGCGAAGGAUGACAUUUCACCAGCGUGGAUGUCAUCGGCUACAGGCCUGGCCGGCUGGCGCAGCACCCGAGCUAGUUGCAUCGGCAUCGGCGGACCGCUUAGCAGUGUCAGCCGUGGAGGGCGACGGCUGCCCGAAGCCUGAAUCGGCGUGGAACACCGUGCGGCCGCAUGGUGAUGGCAAGCUUCGACACCUCGCGUGGGAAUCGGCAGAGCGCCUUUGGAGCUGCGACACAUCAGGUCUGGUCAAAGCGUGGGACGUCGCUUCCGGCAGCAGUUCUCCAAUUACCGAGACGCGCCUUGCCGUAGAGAAUGCAUCUGCGCUGGCAUUCUUGGGAGGGCCUGGCUUGCUGAUCGCCCACGAGACAGGUUUCGCCUUCGUCGACCCGCGCAGUGGCAAGUUGAUGCGCCAACAGUACACCAAGGACGUGGUGGCCACUGCCUGUGGGGUGUCUAAUGGGCAAACGGAUCAGUCUGACUUCUUCGCUGGAGUUGGCUGCAAUCUGGUCCGCUAUGAGACCCGCUUCGAUGGUGCGGAGGCGAAGAGCCAUGCUGUAGGCAUGUGGACCUUGCCUGCGAAAGUUACGUCCGUUGAUGCUGUGAGCCAGAGUCAUGACCUCGGUUCUGUGAGUCACAGGGUCUUAUUUCCUGGGGUAGCUGGUUUGGGAUCUUCCAGGUAA